UGUGUUACAGCAAGACGAAGGCGCUGAGGACCUGCUUCCGUGAACGAGACAAUCAGUGGUGGUAUUGUCACAUGCCAAAACCUGUUAUAGACUUUAAGGUUUUGGAAGCUGGAAUAGAUCCUUAUAAGACAACAGAAGAACUUGUGAAGACUCCCUUCAACUUGGCUGAUGGACCUCUGUGGAAAGUCCGGCUUGUCCCAAGUCCAAUAGAGGCCUCCUGUCAUUGGCCGGAGGUGAAGGAGAAGUUUCCUUAUCACAAUUCACUGGUGUUCAGUUUACAUCAUGCAGCGUUUGACGGUUUUGAUGUGGCAGUGAUUGUUAGAUUGUUGCAUCAACUUCUUGAUGAUGCUUUGAGCGGAAAGCCAAUUGAUGAUAAGGAGAUUGGUCACCUUUUAGACCACAGUCAGACAUAUGAAACUACACAACGAGUAAAAGAGAAUCUUGAAAAUAAUCCACAGAAGUUAAAUUCCUUACUUAAUGACAGGAAGAGUAAAGAGUUCAAACCUCUCAUUAUGCAGGCGUUUGGAGCUCCGGAGCCGUCUUCCGCAAGAACAGAAUACCUCAAAGUUGCAAUACUAAACCUUUCCCUGCUUCAAAAGUUCCAUAAGAAGUGUCACUCUGAAGGAAUCAGCCUCAACUCUGGGCUUGUGAGUGUAGUAAACACGGCCUUGGUAGAACUGGUGAGGGAGGGCGGGCUGGUGCAGGACGAGUAUACAGUCACCAGUCUUCACCCUACUGACCUCCGCCGCUACAUGACAACUGACGUCAAAACUCUCCCCAUGGGCUUCCAUGUGGCCCCAAUGUCUCAGACUAUGCCAACCCCAUACAAUGUAAGAGAUCAUUUCUGGAAGUACGCAAAACAGUUUGAUAAUAAAUUCAAGAAAAAUCUAGAGAAUAAAUUUGUAUUUGAAGAAAUGAUCUUGAACAGAAUGAUAAAUCAAGAUAACACAUCCCAUGACAAGUUCUCUACAAAUUCACACCCUAUAAAAUAUGACUAUAUGUUUUCAAAUAUAUAUUCGCCUAAAUAUCCAAUUUUGGGAGUAGGUAAAAAUGUUCAACUUACCGAAAUGAGAAAUAUUAUUCCCAUUGACACUGCGCAUGUGGGUCACUUAUGUGGAGUGGCCAGUAUUCGGGACAAGGUUCGAUACGAGCACUAUUAUUCAACACGCGCCAUGACCAGAGAAAUAGCACAAAGGAAAUUUGAAAAUGUUGUAUCAAUUUUUAGUGAAAUGGCUCAGUAAUAUCUUCACUUCAAAGUUAGAUGAAAGGUAACUGUGUUUACCGAACUGAUAAAUUGCUUACAACCCUUCAAGAACAUCGAAUGAUUCAAGGAACGAACAGAGGUGAAGUAAUUACCUAGAGAAUGCAUCAAGCCAUCUACAUAGCACCAUAAGCGUUGCUGAAGGUUCUGGACGCUGGACGCACUGAGUACCUCUAAUUGAGAAAAAAACACUAAGGCAAGUGCUGUCAAAGGUAUAUAAAAUUUAUUGAUACAUGAAUUCGUAAUAUCUCCUGGAAAUAUCCUCUUUUGGAGACGAAUUCUUCGAAUUCAUCUCCAGGAUCAAAGGAUCAGCUCCUGAAGAUGUAAACAAAGUGGUGAGAACUAGAUAUUAGAGUUCAUGGACAUUGACAUAAAAACUACGCAUAUUCCAUUGAAAAAUAAACAGUCAAAACCAAAUAAAACGAUAAAAAAAAGAGGAAAACUAGGGUGAAGAAUAGUGAAUUAAGAAGGAUUAAGAUGAGGUUCAGUGACAUCCGCGUUGAGAGGCGUAAGUAAAUCUAGCAAAGACGGUAUAAGUGGAGAAGGCGGUGGAAAAAAGGUCCGCUCAUGUGCCAGGUAAGUCCACAACAGGCUCACCAUAGCCCGUGCUACUUGCCCCGCUCCUGUGCCAGGUAAGUUACUGGCUCACCAUAGCCCGUGCUACUUGGAACUUGUUCCGAGUAGCUGAAUCUAUAACAACAACAACAACAGAGAAGAAGGUGCCUUCUCCCACCGACCAGUGUGGGAGAAGGCACCUGGGAGGAGCGGUCAAAGUCAGCAGCAAGCUGUGGAUCAAAGACUUCACCUGGAGUUUUCAAAGCGUUGUCGGCUGACUCCCUCUCCGAGACGAGAGGAGGUACGGGGACAGUUGGGGAUUGAACUGAA